GCGCUUCACGUCGUGAAAUUGUAUCGGUAUGUCUGGGCGCACAUUUUAAUCUCAUCUAAACAACACAAGCACGAUCUGUCAAUCUCGAUGUAAACAAACAAACCUUCAUGGCAAACGCAGUGUGCAUGCAUUUUCAGGAUCCGAAAAAAACGUUCUGAAAUAGGAUGAGUGUAGUUUAAGAUUGAUUGUAGAUAAGUUUAUUUAAACAGCUCUCAUCCCAUUUCACCAUGUAUCUAAACUAUCUAUGCCGCGUUUGUGCGUGCACCGAAACUACAAGUGUGUUGGUGAACAUCUUUGAGAAACAUGGAGCACAGGACAGCGUUGCCGAUAUUCUUUUCGAACUAGCGGAUAUUAAGGUGACGGUCGACGAUGGAUUUCCCCAACAGUGCUGUUUGCGAUGCCAUACAGAGGUCGUUCAGGCUGUAUCAUUGCGUCGUAAAUGCUUGGAAUCAGAGAAACUUUUUCGAAUCAAGAUUGAACCUGAUUCUUGCCCUUUCAGUUUUACCGAUGAUCCAUUCGAUAAUCAAUCCGAUAACUUGUCCAUUGAUUCUUCAAAUCUCGUUUCGGAAAAGCAUCCGAUGUACCAUUGCAGAGAGUGUUCCUUAGAUUUCUUUGAUUCAGAUGCACUGCAGAAACACUACGAAGCAAUGCAUGCUAAUGUGACCUAUAGUUCAACAGGAUCAAUGCUGUCAGGUAGCCAAUACGAAAACUUGUCCAAUUCGAAUAACCAAAUCUACCAAUGCCGUGAGUGUUCGUUGGAGUUACUGGAUGCAGAUGCACUGCAGGAACACUACGACUCAAAGCAUGCUAAUGUGAUCUAUGGAUGGGAGACGAUUGGCUUAAGUGAAAUCUCUCCAUUCGAUAGCACUGACGAUGAACCAGAGCCGAAAGACGACAUCUUAAAUUGUCCAUCGGAUGUGCAAAACAAAGCCAAUCAAAACAAUCCUACACUUGAAUGUUGCGCCUGUAAAGCACGAUUCAGAACUGAGACUGAUCUGUUUUACCAUGCUAAACAGGUACACGCCCCUAAUGCCAUCGAAAUCAACGAACCAACCCCUAAUCGGUGCAACGUAUGUUAUCAAACAUUUACCACCGCAUGUGUGUUAAAGGAGCAUCACAAGGCUAGAAGCAUCUUAAACUAUAUGUGCGUAACUUGUGGCAUGAUGUUCACCAGACAACACAAAUGUCUUGCGCAUGAAAGUACGCAUAUAGACCAUAAACUUAAGUGCGAUGUUUGCGGGAAGCUAUUCGCCAAUAUGAAGUACUAUGAGAUACACAAGAAUAAGAUGCACGGCGAUCAGGCCGCACGGAAGCGAUACAUAUGUAGUAUAUGUGGUGCAAAGGUGGUUUCGACUUCGUACCUUAAAGUGCACAUGAAGCUACACUCUGAAGAUCAUCCGUAUUCGUGUGACUUGUGUGGGGCCCGGUUCAAAAUAGUGGCCUACCUAAACUGGCACAUGACUAGACAUAAAGGUAUCUACACGUGCCAGCAGUGCGGCCUGACUUGCAAAGGGCCCUCUGAGCUGAACGAACAUAUGAACAGCCAUGGUGAAGCCAGGAAGUAUAGUUGCAGUAUAUGCCCAUCAGCGUUUCGGUUGAAACAAGCCCUUGAGAAACAUUUGAGAAAUGUGCAUAAACGAAGGCGAAAGUAGUUUUCUUUUUACCGCGGAUACGGUUUCUGUUGGGAAAAAGAAUAUAAAGGCAAAUUUUACUAGCUACACACUGUAUAUGCAGCAGACCUACUCAAUACAGUACUAACAAUUGGCAAGUAAUUGAAUAAACUACAAUACAGUUAGCAAAAAUCAAUACUUGACAGGCUUUUACGAUUGGUGUUUGCUGAAAUUGGCGUCCAAUUCUCAUAGGAAACAACUUUUACCAAAUUAUAGAUAAAUGCAGAGUACAACGGUAAUUUCCCGAAUUGAUCAUGUUUCGAUCACAUAAAAUUCCGUGGGAUCUCCAAAUAAACGCCAUGUAAAUCGAAAUUACGUUUCACAGCGUGUCCGAUUAAAUCGCAUCUGAUGAAGCACAGACACAAACCUCUAUUUAGAUGCAUUUCAUUUUAAUCUAAAGUUUGCUGCUUGGGAUCUGUCACUGGCAAUGUAAACAAACAUACUCGCGGCAAACGUUUUUCCACAUUCGCGUGCAGUUCCCUACGAAAUCAGACUGAUUUCUUUUCGAGCAUCAAUUCUACAAGCAUGGAUACCACUGCUCAUCCGCUUAAUUGAACAUGUUUGUGUUAACAAACUCGUCCAGCAUGCAACCAGCCAUCCAAUGCCGUGUUUGUUCCACUUCCGAUGUCGCGUGCAUAUUGGUCAACAUUUUCGAUAAACACGGCCAACAUGAAAGUGUUGCUGACAUGCUUUUGGAACUAGCGGAUGUUACGGCCGCUGAAGAUGAUCAUUUCCCUCAUGAUUGCUGCACACAAUGUCAACAAGAUCUCGUUCAAGCUGUAACAGUAAAACGGAAAUGUAUUGAAUCAGAAAAAUUACUACGGAUAUGCAUUGAAUCUGGCUACUCCAAUGAACAAUACGACGAUAAACAAUUCGAUAAAAUGUCAGUUGCUUCCUCUGAUCAAGAGAAUGCAACGUUAGGGAAAAGUCCAUUCUACCAUUGCUGUGAGUGUGGCACGGAUUUCUUCGAUUCCGAUACACUGCAGAAUCAUUACGAGUCAACGCAUGCCCAUGUCGUCCACGGUUGGGAGAGCUUUGGCAUCAGUGAAAUUUCCCUUUUCGAUAGCACAGAUGACGAAGUUGAGAAUACUCCACCGAAGGAUAAUGUACCAUAUGAAGAUAAAGGCAUACCUCACCGCUGCUGUGGCUGCAAAUAUUUGUUCGAUACUGAAACUGAACUGCAACUACAUUGCGAGACAGUGCAUCGGCCAAACGCAAUGAAAGUCGACGAGGACAGACCAGCCCAGUGCAACAUAUGCUAUCAAACGUUCACCACGGCGUGCGGUAUGCGAGUCCAUCAAAGGGCUAUGCGCGUAUUACGCUAUCAGUGCGCUGUAUGCGGCAAGCUGUUUGGAAAUCGGGCAGCCUGUAUUAUUCACGAAACCAACCAUGAAGAUCAUCAACUGUCCUGCGACCUUUGCGGAAAGAAAUUCACAAAUCAGAAGUAUCUAAACAUUCAUAAGCAAAAUGUGCACACAGAUCCGGAGACCAGGAAGAAGUACGUGUGCAAUGUGUGCGGUACGAGCGUUCACUCUGCUUCGUACCUGAAGGCGCACAUGAUGCUUCAUUCUGAAGAUGCACCCUACGCCUGCAGCUUAUGUGAACAUCGUUUCAAGAUGGUCUUGUAUCUCAAUCGGCACAUGAAAUGGCAUAGAGGUGUGUACACGUGUAAGCAGUGUGGGUUGCGCGUCAAGAGCGCAUCCAGUCUGAGUAAUCAUAUGGCUAGUCAUACUGGAAUUCAACAAUAUAGUUGCUCUAUAUGUUGCUCCAAAUAUCGGUACAAAGAAUCCCUCAAAAAACAUUUGAGGCGGAAGCACGGCCGAUCAACUACAAGAAAGGACCGAAGCGAGUGAAACACGAUCAAAUAAAAAGUAACUGUCGUUUGAUGACAGGCAAUGUAAUUGUACCAAAUAAGAAAGGGCUAAAGAAAGAAAGAGGUCCAGCCGUUCAACUGCCGUCUUUUCAUGUUAAAACGAAUCCGUUCCUUUCGGUGCUUUUUAGAGCAUAUCGCGUUUAGAUUACUUUCGAACUGUCAAACAUCCCACAAAGGGAAACAUCAACAAUAACGAACGUAUCGGUGCAUCGCGCAUAGCAAGAACAUUUGCAGCCACAUUCAGGAAUUGACUUAAAAAUAAAGUAAUACUGCAAAAUAGCUUUUCUCUACAGUAUUACCCAUCAACAAAUCACACCAUGUAUCAGAACAUUCUGUGUCGUGUUUGUGCAACGACGGAAACGGCGUGUGUUUUGGUGGACAAUUUUGAUAAACAGUGCAACCAGCCGUCGGUCGCUGAUCUGCUAUGCGAACUAGCAGGCCUUGAGGUGCGCGAUGAUGAUGGGUUACCGCAACACUGCUGUAUAGAAUGCUACACCGAGCUAGUGAAGGCAGCAUCAGUGAGACGAAAGUGUAUCGAGUCAGAUAAACUCAUUAGAACUUACAUUGAAUCCAGCCUCGUAAACGCGGAAGAGCUAUGCGAAGUACAGAUCGAUGACGAAUCCAAUGUUUCCUCCGAGGACGAGCACGCUGCUGCAGCGGAGAAAAGCGGUUCACUCUAUCGCUGCUACGAGUGUUGUAUAGAUUUCCACAACAGCGAACGGUUGAGGCAGCACUACGAAUCGAAGCAUGCCAGUGCUAUCUACGGUUGGCAUAGCUUCGGAAUCAGUGAAACCUCUCUGUUCGAUUCCACUGACGGGGAUGUGGAAGACGAAGAGGAUGAAACAGAAAUUCGACCCGAGAGAAGAGCAAAGAGUUUGUUUGCUAUCGAAAAUCCGGAAUACUAUCGAUGCUGCGGCUGUAAAGAUGUGUUCGAUACAAAGGAAGAGCUCGAGGAACAUUCCGACCGGAUGCAUGCCCCGUUUGCAGCCAUCCACACCAAGGGCAAACCGUACAAGUGCAACAUAUGCUACUCUGGCUUUAGCCAACUCAGAGGCGUCAAAGCCCACCAAAUUAUGUACAGUUUUCCGCGCUUUCUGUGCAUAAUUUGUGGUCAGCUUUGCUGCACACUGAAACAUCUAAUGCAUCACGAGCGGACCCAUAGCGAACCUUCCUACAGCUGCGCCGACUGUGGUAAGGAAUUCGUGCACGAGAUGCAACUCCGUAACCAUCGGGAAGCCAAGCACCUUGAUAAAAGCGCAAGAAAGAAGUACGUUUGCGAUGUAUGCGGCAAGGAGUUGCUUGCGAAGGUGUCGCUUAGAAAGCAUACGUUGGUAGUGCAUUCUGGGGAACGCCCGUACGCCUGCAACCUGUGCGACGCUCGGUUCCAGAUCAAGGCGUACCUGACGAGCCAUAUGACGGUACACAAUCGUCUGCACACCUGCGGGAAUUGCGAUAAGUCGUUCCCGUGCCAAAAAGCCCUUAUCGAGCAUAUGCGCAGUCACACGGGUGAACUAGCCGAGAAAUGCCCUCUAUGUCCCGCCAUGUUUCGCCAAAAGAACUCGGUUAGAAAGCAUUUAAAAGCGGCGCACCAACCAAACAACGAGCGGAAACGGAAGUAUGGAUUCAGAAGAGUGACCAGAGUACGGUAAACGGCAGCAACUUAGUUUUCUCGUGCUCAGAAUUUUCCACAAUGUAUCAACCAAUGAACGAAAAUACAACGAAAAGACAACAACGUC